GCAUGUUGCCACGGUGACCAGUGUUUGCAUUAGCUGUUAAGUUGUACAGUGUUUGUAGUGUACUCCACUCAGUCUACUUCUUGAACUGUUAAUAUGGUAAAAGGAGGGAAACGACAUUCAUCAGUGAGCAACGAUGGCAAAUGGUUUGCUCAUCCAGCUCUGCCAGAAAAUGUGCCACAGAAUCGUGAGACUUGUACAAGCACUGGGAUCAUGCUGAGUCAGGCUAAAUCACCACUGCCUCAGGCUUUGAACUCGCAGCGCUUUCCUAAAUGGAAAACUCAGCAGGCAUCGAGAGAAUUUCAGUAUUCAGACCAUGACAACAAGCAUGCAUUAAAAGACGACAUCUCUGUUUUCACCCAAGGUGUGGGACGCAGGAAGUGUCCUGAUGAGCGCAAAGAGACCAACUCUCACUUCUGCCUGUGCCAUGAUGGAUCUGAAAGCAGCACUAAAGCAACUGAAAAGAAAGUCACAAUUUACAAGACAGACUUUAUGGAGAAGAAGGGUGAUAAUGGUCCAACCAGCAACAGGAGGUUCCCAAGAAACCAUAAACAGAAGUCUGCAGAGGCAGCAUUGGCCCAGGCAGAGGAUGCUUUCAUGUGGUUUGGGAGGGACGAAACUGGUCCCUUGGAGACCCUGCAAGUACUGGGAAAGACCAACCACUCAGCACCUUUCAAGCUCUGAGAUCGUUCCGCAUUUAAUGCUUUACAUCAGGGGUGUCAAGCAUACGGCCCGCGGGCCAAAACCGUCCCGCCAGAAGUUCCAAUCCGGCCCACGGGAUGACUUUUGAAAUUACAGAGAAGACAUUAACUGCAAUUUUCCAAUAAAAGUGACUGCUAUUUCAAAUUUGUCCUACAGUCAAACUGCGGACAGGGGGCACAUGAA